UACUCUCCACUGUUCAGUGACUGAUAUUCAAAAGACUUUAAGAAAACAAUUUUCCUGGAUAUAAAAUAUUUAAUUUACAAUAGGAUUAGAUGGCAAAGCAUCUAAUGAAAGCACUUACGAAAUAGUGUGUAAUUGGAGGGCUGGUUGUUGAGCUACUGAGUCUAUUUUAAAGGUUUUACUUCAGGUAUUGUAAAAUCUGUUUGUUUUUUUUAAUAGCGUAGCAUAUUGGAAAGUAGUGUGGUAUAAUUAGAGUGAUAGCAGCUUGACAUAUUUUAUGAUGGCAUUCCACAGAACUCAGUAAAUACCAAAAAAUAGACUAUCUAGGUCUACUCAGAAGGAAGACUGUUCUCAGGAGGAAACCAGUUAGGUUCAUGCAGCUUUGAUAAAGAUAUCUAGCAACAGCAGUAAAGUUUAAAAAAAGAAAAAAAAAAAGUGCCAACUUUGUAUGUUGGAAUGCAGUUCUCUGGUGUCAGAAAUUUUUUUCUACUGCAGUAUUUGCAACAUUCCAUAACACAGGCUGAACAAAGCAAGGGCUCUCUUACCUUGAAUUUAAAUACUUUAAAACCAUUGCAUCACUGUAUUUUCACCUUUUUGCAGUAUGAUUUGAAACAAUCACCAUGGAUUUUUCACGUCUACACAUGUACACCCCACCCCAAUGUGUGCCAGAGAACACUGGCUAUACAUAUGCACUCAGUUCAAGUUAUUCUUCAGCUGCUCUGGAUUUUGAGACUGAACACAAAUUGGAUCCAGUGUUCGAUUCUCCAAGAAUGUCAAGACGUAGUUUACGCUUGGUCACUGCAGGAUAUAAUGCAACAGAUGAUGCCCAAAAUGACAACAUUCAUAGCAAUUCCUAUAUUGGAAACAUGUCUUUGUCAGAUCAAUCAGCCAGAACAGCAAAGCAGCGCAAAAAUAUGAGCAAGCAGUCUGUCACUGUGAAAAAUACUCCAAGAAAAAAUGUAUCCAGCUCUUCUAUUUUUAGCCAAAGUAGUUUCAAUAGCCAUGCCAGUGAUACAUCUGUAGUAUCUACUGUAUUGGAUGAAUCUUUGAUUCAGGAGCAAACAGAAGUUGACCAUUUUUGGGGGCUUGAUGAUGAUGAAUGCGAUCUUAAAGGUAGGGACACAACAGUGAUUCAGGGAAAUGGUGAUAUAGCAACAGCUGAAACACAGACUACCAUGAUCAAUGGCUAUACUUGUAGUGACUGCAGUAUGCUUUCUGAACGGAAAGAGGUCCUCACAGCGUACUCUGCUUCUCACCUGCCAUCUUCAAGAAUUUACUCUAGGGAUAGAAGCCAAAAAUAUAAGUCUAGAAACACCCCUUUCUACAUGAAUAAGAUUCUACGACUGAUCAAAUACACUGCAACAUCUUUUGCAUCACUGUUAGUGCAACUAUUUCAAAUGGUUUUGCUGAACCUGGGUUGUGAAUUUAAAGCUCACUCGAAUUACUGUGGAAGUAUGAAUGUAAAAGACUUUGUCAAAGAGGAUGGCCAUCUUGGUAUAAAUGGGGAAUCAUUGUGUGAUGACUGUAAGGGGAAGAAACAUCUUGAAACAUACACAACAGUCCACAUGCAAUCCUCAAGGUCUAAAAGGGUAGCAAGGACCAUUUGGCACACCUUUUCUUACGCAGGUUACUUUGUGCUACAAGUGUUGCGAACAGUGGGAGCAACAGGAUGGUUUAUGUCUCAGAAGACGUUAUCACUACUUUGGCUGGCCAUUGUUUCUCCAGGGAAGGCAGCUUCUGGGGUAUUCUGGUGGCUUGGAACUGGAUGGUAUCAACUUGUUACUGUGAUUUCUUUGUUCAAUGUGUUUCUUCUUACAAGAUGCCUUCCAAAGAUUUACAAGUUGUUACUGUUUCUCAUCCCACUGCUGCUUUUGCUAGGUAUAUGGUACUGGGGCUUUGAAGGCUUCCUUUCAUUACUGCCUGCAUUCAAUUGGACAAGCAUACGCCAAACACAAAGAAUAGAUAAGCCUGUGCAGAUUCUUAAACCACAUCCUGAUUCUUCUCGCUAUGUCCAGCCUCCAGAGGGUACCAUACAGUUAUUUGAUUCUAGUCGUAUGAGUGAACUGGAAAAGCAAAUGGCCCUCAUGUCUGACAGAUGUCAUCACAAUGAUGAAGAAUAUGGCAAAGUGAUGCUACAGCUUGAGAAACUUCAGGAUCAGGUUGCCCAGAUGAACGACAAAAGUGAGAUGUUGAUACUAAUAAAAAAUGUAAUGGGCCAACAUUUUAAGGAAAUGCAAUCUGAGGAAAUGGCACAUUCAACGACUGAUCUUCUGGCUUUACACCGUGAACAUGAAUUGCGCAUUUUGACACUGGAAGACCUUAUUGGAAAACUUUCUGCAAAAUCUGAGGACAUCCAGAAGGAACUUGAACUAACCCAAACAAGAACAGUGAGUGGAAGUGAUGAGCAAAACCAGCACCUUUUAUCCAAGGUUAAACAACUAGAACUAGAGGUGGCUCUCAUGAAGGCAGAACUGUUAACUCCACAAGACUUGAAGACCUGCUAUGAGAAAGUAGAUACAAUUCAUGAAAAAGUAGAUGCCCAGGUCAAAGAAUCUGUCAAACUUAUGUUUUUUGGUGACCAACAAGAAGACUUUUCUGAAUCACUACUCCAAAGGCUAACAUCCAAAUUUGUGAGCAAGAGCGACCUGCAGGUUUUGUUAAGAGAUCUAGAGCUUCAAAUCCUCAAGAAUAUUACUCUCCAUAUGUCUAUUACACACCAAAAGCCAACCUCUGAAGUAAUAACAAAUGCAGUAAAUAAUGCAGUGAUUUCUGGCAUCACAGAAGCGCAAGCACGCAUUAUUGUAAAUAAUGCAUUGAAACUUUAUUCUCAAGACAAGACUGGUAUGGUGGACUUUGCUUUAGAAUCUGGAGGCGGCAGCAUUCUGAGUACUCGCUGUUCUGAGACCUACGAGACCAAAACAGCUCUAAUUAGUCUCUUUGGAAUUCCUUUGUGGUAUUUCUCUCAGUCUCCCAGAGUGGUAAUCCAGCCUGACAUGUAUCCAGGAAACUGCUGGGCAUUCAAAGGAUCACAGGGAUACCUUGUAGUUAGACUUUCUAUGAUGAUAUACCCAACAGCCUUUACAUUAGAACAUAUACCAAAAACUCUUUCACCAACAGGAAAUAUCACAAGUGCUCCUAAGGAUUUCUCAGUAUAUGGUCUAGAAGAUGAAUAUCAGGAAGAAGGUACCCUUCUAGGACAGUAUGUCUAUGAUCAAGGAGGAGAGCCACUACAGAUGUUUCAAGUGACGGAGAAAAAUGAAAAUACAUUCCAGAUAGUGGAGCUAAGAAUUUUUUCUAAUUGGGGCCAUACAGAGUACACUUGUCUGUAUCGGUUCAGAGUGCAUGGAAAACCUACUGAAUAAACUACUACACUACAGCUUUUUUGUUGUAUAUUUUCUGUUUGUAUAUAUUGGAAAACCUAGAACACUGGAAUCUUUAAAGGAUGAGGAUAUGUGACAUGUACUGCAGGAUCAAUACUCCUCUUCAAUAAAAUGCAGAAGACUGUCCACAGAAUUGUGUACAAACUCAUACCUGCUCUGAUGCUCAGCUUGUAAUUGCCAGUCAGCUUUAUAUUUUAAUGUGUCCAUUCUGAGAAAAAUAUUGCAUGCAAACUACUCUGGUUCAAAAGCCAAGUUGGCAAACAGGUGAUACUUAUUUUAUUACAUUUGAAUGUACAGUUUUUAAAGAAGCUAUGCUUUCUGCAGCUAGAAAUCAAUUUUUAAAACAGGCCCCAUCUGCACACUUCUGUUACGCUGGUUCCCUAUGUGAAAACUUAUGAAUACUUUUAAACACUAAUUGUGGCUAAUGUAUGCUUUAGUUGAACAUGACUUUUGAACUUGUUGCUAGGCCCAAAAGGACUUCCUGAGUAGAUGCAGAAUAUGAAACAUGUUACUGUCAAGGAAAGUGAAUGGAACCAAAAAUAGUUUAAACAUCAGAGGCAUAAAAGUCUUUCCUUUAACAUGGAACCAUGCAUUAAUGUAAAAGUCAGGUUUGAUUUUAAACCACUACAUUUAUUUUAAGUUUUCUUCCUAUUUAGUUUCCUUUUGACUUAGCUUGUUAGAAUAAUCACUCAGUGUACUAACGUUUACUGAGCAAUCUAGUAGGCUUAUCUCCUAUACCAAGGUGAGAGUCUGGCUAAUGGUCUGCAGAUAAGACCAAUUCAGAGCUCAAAUUGCAAAGGCAAAAUCUUGGUGUGCAGAAGUCUCUCUUCAGCACAGGAUUAAUUCAGCUGGCUCAUUUUAUAAGUGCUGCACUGUGGAAGCACUAAGUGAAAAUAGGUUCCAUGUGAUAGACUCAACUUUUAAUUUAAAAAAGCAAUUCUGCAGUGAAGUAACUUGCAAAAGAGAUUCACACUCAAUGCCACUAUAUUUAGAUACUAUUCCUUAGACAAUGUUUCAAUUUAUAUAUCUUUACAGUGGAGGAUUCAAUACCCAUUGAAGAAUGUUAGAGCAAUGACUCUUAACAGCAUUAUCUUACUGCAUUUAAUUGGAACUGACAUUGUAUUAACAGAUUGCAUUUUGCUAACAGACUGCUUGCACAGCUCUCCCUAUGUAAAUGCUCAUUUUGUAAUUUUAUUUCUGAAUGUUACUGGAAACCCUUUAUAAACAAGAUUCCUGAAAGAUAUUCAUGUGAGAAAUUUAUCUUACUGUUGUAAUGCAUUUUAUUGGGUCAACUUAAUUACAGAUGUGCUGUUAUAUUUUUCAGAAAGAUGAAUGAUGGUGCUGACUGGUUUUUUGAAUUAGAGUUCUGUAUGUUGCACAAUAGUCCUCAAAUGUUUUUAAAAAAUCUCUAUAGAGUGUUUAAGUUCAGCUAGAAACAGAACCAAUGGCCUAUGCAGAAGAACUAGAUAAAACAUGUACAGGUGUUUCAUAUAAGUUAAAUAUAUAAAUCAGAAUUAUCCUGUAUAAAUUGAAAUUAGGAGCUGGAGUGCGAAUAUUUUGAAUAACACUAACUUAUUUUUAAAGAAGCAAGAUAGGACUUUGUGCAAUGUAUUUUUGUAAAUGCUUUUCAAAAUAUUUGUCUUGGUAUUCUUUGCUGCCUCCAAACGGACAAGAUGCUAUUGAUGUUUAAAUAAAGAGUUUUAAUUUUUGAAAGUGCAUGUAAUAUUUGAAACAAGUAAUAAAGUUUCUUUUCUGUA